AGAAUCAGAAUCAAAUAAGAAUGUUAUUUUUAAAGCGAUUUUACAGCAAAACAGGACGACUAGCCCAUAUUUCCAAAUCCCACAAGCCAGGCGACUCUUUGAGCAUCCAGGGCUGGAUUAAAAAUGUUCGCAGGCUGAAAAAUAACACAUUUCUGGACGUGAAUGAUGGAUCUACGAGCAGUAAGUUCCAGGUGGUGGUUCCCCGGACUCCGGAAAACCAGCAUUUAUCUCCAGGCAGCGUUAUCUCGGCGGUGGGUCAAAUCCAGGUGGCUCCAAAUGGCAGUUUUGAGUUGCAUGCAAGUUCCGUGAAAAUGUUGGCGGAAGGUCACCUGCAGGAGGGCUAUCCCUUCAGCCCCAAACAGAAACAUUCACCCGAAUAUGUGCGUGAGCAUCUGCAUCUGCGUUCCCGCGUUGACUUCAUAGCCGCCCAGAUGAGGGUCAGACACAAGGCCCAAAAGGCCAUUCAUGACUACAUGGAUGAGCUGGACUUCGUGCAGAUCAACACUCCCCUGAUAACCACCAAUGAUUGCGAGGGAGCAGGAGAAGUCUUUCGGGUUCAACCGGACUCUGCAUCUCUGCUAAAACAGAUGGCCAGGCCGAGUGUUCCCGAGGAGCAGAGCUACUUCGACGGCAAGGUCUUUCUCAGCGUCUCCGGGCAGCUGCACCUGGAGGCCAUGACUUAUGGUCUGGGCAACACGUAUACCCUCUCUCCAGCCUUUCGCGCGGAAAACUCCAAGUCGCCAUUGCAUUUAGCCGAGUUCUACAUGUUUGAAGCGGAAUUGGCCCAUUUGGAGGAGCUGGAGAAGUUGGCGUCGUUUAUCGAGCAGAUGCUUAAGUCCAUUACAAAUCGCUUGUUGGAAACAAGUUCCGAGGAUCUUCAUUUCUGCCAGGAGAACUCGAAUUCCAGAUCAGAUCUGCCCUGGUUGCAAGUUCCCUGGAAGAUAAUGACCUACGAUGAAGCCGUGCAAGUGCUGCAGGAAAAUAAGGAUAGCUUGAAAACUCCCAUAAGUCUGAAUGAGGGUUUCUCCAAGGACCAGGAAUUCUUUCUAGUCGCCCACUGUGCUGCUCCUGUCUUCGUGGUGGAUUGGCCCGCUCAGCAAAAACCUUUCUACAUGAAAGUCUCGCGCACGAACCCCAAUCGUGUCUAUGCAUUGGACCUACUAAUGCCAGCUGUUGGAGAAUUAUGUGGCGGUAGCCUGCGCGAAAGUGAUCCAGUCAUAUUAAACUCCCAUCCGCAGCUGCCUAAGGAUCUAUCCUGGUAUGUUGAAUUGCGAAAGUACGGGGGGAUUGCCACUGGAGGAUUUGGCAUGGGUUUUGAGCGAUAUUUGCAGCUGGUCACGGGUGUCAAGAACAUCCGAGAUGUGAUACCUUUCCCCAGGUAUCCACAUAGCUGCAAGAUGUGAUUGGUUAAACGUGUAAAAUAUUAAGAAUUUUUAUUGUUGAAAGUGUAAUAAAUGUAUAUUACUUU